GCCUCCGCCUCCCCGGUUGCCGCGCCUGGGAAAGGUCUGGAUGUUGUCACUUCCGCCGGCGUCGCGCUCUGCGUCCGGGUCAGGUGCCGCCGCCGACGCCGCCACCGCUACAGCUGUGGCUAAGGAACUGGGCCCGGGUCUCCACCGCCGUCCGAGGGGAGCGGGCUCCGCUCGGCGCCGUCUUCUGCGACCUGGCCGUCAGCCCCACGUCGCCGGCCUGGAGGGGCGAAGGAGACGAGGGAGCCAAGGCUUCCUCCGGGGACUUUGGCUCUCUGGAUUACCAGGAGUUUGCAGUUGACAUUGAGUCCAAACUGAGGAUGGAAGGUGUGGAACUUAAAGAAGAAUGGCAAGAUGAAGAUUUUCCAAUACCUUUACCAGAAGAUGAUAGUAUUGAAGCUGACAUAUUGGCUGUGACCGGACCAGAGAUCGAGCCUGCCUCACUAGAAGUUAAUGGAAAUAAAGUAAGAAAGAAACUAAUGGCUCCUGACAUUAGCCUGACCCUGGACCCUAGUGAUGGCUCCGUGUUAUCAGACGAGUUGGAUGAAAGUGGGGAAAUUGACUUAGAUGGCUUAGACACACCAUCAGAGAAUAGUAAUGAAUUUGAGUGGGAAGAUGAUCUUCCAAAACCCAAAACUACUGAAGUUAUUAGGAAAGAUUCAAUUACUGAAUACACAGAAGCAGAAGAGAAAGAAGAUGGAAGGCGCUGGCGUAUGUUUAGAAUUGGAGAACAGGACCACAGGGUUGAUAUGAAAGCAAUUGAACCUUAUAAAAAAGUUAUUAGCCAUGGAGGAUAUUAUGGGGAUGGAUUAAAUGCCAUUGUUGUGUUUGCUGUCUGUUUUAUGCCUGAAAGUGGUCAACCUAACUAUAGGUACCUGAUGGACAAUCUCUUUAAGUAUGUUAUUGGCACUUUGGAGCUGUUAGUAGCAGAAAACUACAUGAUAGUUUAUUUAAAUGGUGCAACAACUAGAAGAAAAAUGCCCAGUCUGGGAUGGCUCAGGAAAUGCUAUCAGCAAAUUGAUAGAAGGUUACGGAAAAACCUAAAAUCUCUAAUCAUCGUGCAUCCUUCUUGGUUUAUCAGAACUCUUCUGGCUGUCACAAGACCAUUUAUUAGCUCAAAAUUCAGCCAAAAAAUUAGAUACGUCUUUAAUUUGGCAGAACUAGCGGAACUUGUCCCCAUGGAGUAUGUUGGCAUACCAGAAUGCAUAAAACAAGUUGAUCAAGAGCUUAAUGGAAAACAAGACGAACCGAAGAGUGAACAGUAAGUGGCAUCUAUUCCAAGCAAGACUGAAGAAUGUGCUGAUGAUGCAGUGCUGUUUUUUGCAUUUAUAAUGCAUUUAUUGACUUUGAUUUUUAUGUAACCUGUUAAAAAAUUGACUUGACUUUCUUAUUGGACUUUUGUAUAAGAAACUGUUCACUGCUGUAUUGGUUUGUAAAUCUCUUGAACUUAGCUCUUUACAAGGUAAUUAUAUUAUAAUCAUUUAUGUUUUAUGUUGCUAAUUAGAAAAAAAUCACACUUUAUAUAAAGCCAUUUUGCAUUUGUUUAUUGAAUGAUGCAUCUUCUUCAGUAAAAUAUUUAUAUGCCUAAAUGGUAACGGAAAGAGAUAAUAUAUAUUUUUAUGUUUUUGAGCAAUAUUUUUUAAUAUACCUGUCUUGUAGAAGAAUAUGCAGGUAAAAAUAAGACCAUGAUUUUGUACAGUGCAUGCUAGAAUUUUUGUUUUUUUGUGAAUGGUUAAAUACAUUUCCUGGGUAACUUAGUAAAUAAAGUUGCCCAUAAAGUGAGGGACAGUUAAACUGCCGCUCAUGAAUGCCCAAAGGUCAUGUACAUAAUUCAAGUACAUUAGUUCAUCCUAAGCUUUCUUUCUCACUUAAUGUAUUUCUUAAUUAAGAAGUGCAAAUAAAAGUGCAGCAUACACUUUUCUCUUUAAAUUUAAAGACAAGUCAAAAAGGCCAUUUUAGAACUAGCGAAUUUAAGAGGCCAAGAGUUAGGGUUUUAUAUUCAUGUAUAUGUGGGGAUAUUUUAUCUCCUGGCCAAAAAUCAGAACUUGUAAAAAUGCUAAGGUUUGUUCACUAAUGUGAAGUAAGCUAUGUGUCCAGGUAUUGCUGCCCUGAAUUUGUAUGAGUACAGUAUAGUAUUCGGAGAAUGUUAUGAGUUAUUCACUGUCACAACUUUUCUGUAGAAAACAGCGGCUGCUUUUUAAGCCACUCUCAAGGUGGCACUUCCAGAAUACUUCCAUAUCUGUGAGUUGAAAUUGGUAGGUGUUUGACUUAGAUAUGGUGUGUUUUCUCAUUUCCUAUUGAAUCAUUUUGAUCACAUUGUAAAUUAAGCUAAUUUUAUAAGUCUUAGAGUAUCUUUAUAUUAUGUUGUUUUGGAUGACACAUUUCAAAUAGUAUAUAAUCUCCUUUUUAUAAUUCAGUAAGUACCCUGACUACAUUGAAAUAAAUUGUACUUAUAUUCUGAACAGGACCUAAUUACCUACAAAAAUCAUUUGGAAACAACAGUGAGGUCUACUAUUGUUAUACAUUUAAUAAUCUUAGUACCCUUCUGAUUUAAGGGUUAUAUCAUACUCCAGCACCUCCUGAAAGAAAAUUUACAAAAAAGUGCCCUAGGGUACCAAAAUUGAAAUGGAUGAGAGCUAAACUUUUAAGAUUAUUCUCCUUUAGACUAAAAACAUGUAGCUUUUACCAGUGCAAUUUUUAUAUAAAGUUCUAUUAGAAAAGAGAAUUUUCCUCCGUCAUAAACUUGACAUGCUAAUGUAAGUCCAAUUAUGGGAAAUGCUGGAGAAUUCUCAGGAUAGUUGUUCCUCAGUAACCUGACUUGGAUCCAGCAUCUGUGGGCAGAUCUUGAACUAGUAUUUGUAGCAAAUAAAGCUAUAACCAUUAUUGCUUGCUCAAAGCUUAGAAACACUUUGUGUUGAAAAAGCAAACUAACAAUAACAACUUAGGCAUUCUUUUUUAAUUUACAUAUGAGGAUUAGAAACAGGAUCAUUGAAUUUAGUGUGAUUAGAUUCUGUAUUUGUAGGAUGCUUUGGAAGAUAGUCUGAUAGUUUCUCACAUAGUCAUUAUCUCACUAAAAGUGGUCAUAGCUUCGUAAAUGGUUUUCCUCCAGGUGAAGUACCCAGUUCUUCAGCUUAAAAAAUACAAAGAAUAACUUAAGUGCUUAUUGUAUUUAUUGACUUUUACUUUGCAGGCUUAGUUCAAAUUACAGCUGCAACCUGUUGCAGAAGUGGUGCUUUUUACUAAAUAACUUUUUAAAGUAGAAAUAGCCUGUUUUCUCUUGGAACAUUAAAAUUCUGAGGUAACAAUCAGAAUUUGGUUAUAAUAAAAGGAACGUGCUGUGAGUCACUGGAUUAAAAGGACACCUGUACUAACUUACACCUUCAUGGAAUCUGGUAAAAGGACAUGUCCCAUGUUUCAUAACUGUAAGACUUAUCUACUAGACUAGAGGAAAAGCAUUUAUUAAGUUUAAUUUGAUGCUUCUGUCAAUAUUUUUUGUUACAUUUAGGCUUUUCAUGACUGUUAAGUCUUUUGUAUAAAAUAAUUUGAUUGUGUUCUGCUUGGUCAUACCACUAAGGCUUAUCAGGGAAAGAUGUUACAGUGACCCCACCGUUUAGGCUAUUAGUUUUUAACUGGGGCAAACGGGAAGGAAAAGAAGGUUAGUAAACAUGAAUCUAAGUAGGGCCUAGAGGGUAGUUGGAAUGGAAGAUGACGAAACAAGAAAGAGACGGAAAACAAAGACAUAUAUAGACUUACCUGUUAUCUAAGAUGCUGUUGAAUGUGUUCCCUACCAGGGAAGUUGGGUGUACCAUUUUUUGUAUCCAGCAGGAAAACCUGCAGGCUACCCAGACAAUGUGUGACUGAGGAUUAAAGAGGGGGGCGGAUAAAGACUGAUAGUAACCUAUAAUGAAGGUACAUAUUUUCUCUGCUUUGUGUCUUUAUACUGAAGCAAGUUUGAACAGAGGGUCAGCAAUUAUAACGCCCAGUUUAAAGUUUAAGACCAAGUUAUUUCUCGUAUUUCGUGAUUCAUAAACAUUACUGUAGACUUCCAAAAUGACAUCACUAUGUAGAAACUUCCAAAAUGACAUCACUAUGUAGUAACUUCACUGAAUGCUGAAAUUUGCUGAUUGACAAGUUAGGUUGAUAGCUAGAAUUGUUUCAGCUGCAGUUCCAGAAAUUAAAGGAUCUGCUUUGGUAGAAACCUUCCAAAUAACCAUUUAGCAUUACUGUUUGACUUUUUAUGUGAGUGCUCAGGGAAUUUGGUGGUGUUUGACCUAAUGCUGAAGUGGCUUUUAGGAUUCCUCAUUUGAUAGAUAAAUUAGCAUUAGGAUUUAUCAAAUAGGUCAGUUUGUUAACUAGCUUGUGAGAUUAUCUGGAAAGUGACAGGUGCUUCACCCUUUUUCCAUACUGCAUGUGCAAAAUUGCUAACUUUACUGUCAUAAAGUUGAGGAAACAGGCCAAAACUGGAAAUUGCUACCCUAUUCUGUUUUGUGUUCAUCAUAAUUUACGCAGCUACUUGAGAAGUGGAUCAUAAAUCUCAGAAAAAAAAUGAGGUAUCUUCAAGGAAUUAAUGUAAAUUACAUCAACUAUUCUGUUAGGGUUUAUCUUGUCAUAGAGAACAGGAAUUGUUUGAAUUGCUGGGAGAAAAGUCGAGAACUUAGACUUGCAUGGAAAGAUUAGCUGGUAAGUGAAGUGAGAGUUUGUCUUCUCACUGUUUUAAGCAGUACAAAAGAAUUACUUAAGGAACUUUUUUAUCCCCACUUUCCUAUCCCAGGAUUCUAUGCGAAUUAGAGUCAGAUCAAUGAUGAAUCCCAGUAAUGUAACUUUUCUUUAAAAUUCUAAAUUGUAAUUGAAAAUAAGGUGAUUAAGUUGAACAGGAAGAAAUGAACUCAAAUUUGAAAGAACUACUGCCUUGUAAUUAUCAUAGAUUACUUAAUUUCUUUCACUUUUAAGAGCUAAAUAAAUAACAUGAAAAGUUCACAUAAAGCUUGUAAUAACUCAAGUGAUGAAAAUUAAGGGUUUAGUACUUUCAAAUUAGUAAAGAAUUAAGUUGUUUGCCUCAGAUAGCUGUCUGAAUAUUAAGACUGUUUACAAAAGGUUAAAAACUAGAUCCAAAAAUUUUUAUGCGUGGUCACAUUCACUGUGGCUGUUGAGGAACUUGGACAACAAUAUUAGCUAUUCCACUGCAUUUUUUUGUAUAUGGAUAUUCUAAUAUGCCCUUUAAAUGAUUUACAGAAACCUAGGUAAUAUUGGUGGUAUUCAGGGUCACUAAUUGCAUAGCCCUUAUGCACAUAGAACACAGUUCGGAGUUUAUUAGACGCUAAUGCACUUUGAUUAUAUUUCAAAAAUACAUCUCUUACCAUAAUUUCACAUGCUGCCACUUAGGUGAAAUUAAUAUACUCUGGUCAUUUUUCUAUUCCAAUGAAAUUGCCUAUCCUAGUGCUGUCAUUUAUAGUGUGAGAAAUUCAAUUCUGAUGAAUACUGUACAAGAUGUUGAUGUGGUCCCUGUAAGAAAAACUAGGGUGUAUCUUGAUUUACUAAGGAGAGGUAAUAUUUGACUUGUUAGGAAUACAGUAACUUAUGUCCUGAUUUGUUGCACUGGUAUUUUUGCAACAUUGAUGAAUUUAAAUAAAUGAAUUGGAAAGUGUG